AUGGUUUUUGGCAUGAAGAAAACACGUUCUUCUCGUGCAUCGCAACAUGCUGCUGCGAGCCCCGAGCACGAUAGCCACCCACACCCGACGCACACGCACUCGCAAUCUUCAUCGCAGAGCAACUCGAUGGCCGAGAGAGGCAACGGACGUCACCAGCCCCGCGAUCGCGACGAACAACACGACAUCGACUCACGAUGGAAACAGCUCAUGAACGAUUAUAUCGACGGGGUGCUUGUUUCCACAGUCCUCACCGACGCUCAGAAAUAUGACGCGCUCAAACUUGCGUACGACAUCUUCGUCUCUCGUAUCGACAAUGGACAACAAUAA